AUGAAUACAAGAGAUUUCGAAGUAUAUCCUGACUCGGGAUUCUUACCUGAAAAGUUACCACUUACAAGAUUACCUGAUUAUUUUUCCCCUUGGGAAGAUUUAGUCAAUAAUUUACCAUCAUUGAUUUUGACCAAGAGAAUAAGGUCAUUGAUUGAUAAGCUUCCAUUGUUAUCAGCAGAUCAAUUGGCUAACGUUGAAGAGUAUAGAAGAGCUUAUUCCGUGUUAGGAUUCUUAUCCCAUGCUUAUGUAUGGGGACAUGAUGAACCAAUUGGGAAAUUACCUGUUUCAAUUGCGGAACCAUUAGUCAUGGUGAGUGAGAUUUUAGGAUUACCUCCACUUGCUACCUAUGCUGGAUUAAUUUUGUGGAACUUCAAACAAAUUUUACCAAGUGACGAUAUUUGGGAUUUAGAUAACUUAACUACCAUUAACACAUUCACAGGAUCAAUGGAUGAAAGUUGGUUCUACCUUGUUUCAGUAUAUUUCGAAUACAAAUCUUCAUUCACCAUUAAAACCGGAAUGGACAUUCUUCAAAAUGUUGAAGAUGGAGAUAUCACCAAUUUAAUCAAGAAUCUUCAAAAAUUAGCCGAGAUGAUUGAUCAUUUAGGUUCCGUAUUGAUGAAAAUGGAAGAAAUGUGUGAUCCUCAUGUAUUUUAUUUCAGAAUCAGACCUUAUUUAGCAGGUUGGAAGAAUAUGAGUGAUGUAGGAUUAGAUAAAAACGGAGUUAUUUAUGGUAAUGAAGCCAAACCAAGAUCUUAUGCUGGAGGUUCAAAUGCUCAAUCAUCUUCAAUUCAAUUCUUAGAUGUAUUAUUAGGAGUCAAACAUUAUUCUACUGGUGAAAGACCCGUACCUCAUCAAAAUACUAAUGAAACUAAACCACAAAGUGGGUUCAUGAAUGAAAUGAAAUUCUAUAUGCCUGGAAAACACAGAGACUUUUUGAAUAAACUUGAAGAGAUAUGUAACUUGAGAGAAUUCGUCUUGAGUCAAAAUAAUGAAGUGUUGACUUUGAGUUAUGAUGCAUGUUUAGCAAUGUUGAAGUCUUUCAGAGAUAAGCAUAUUCAAAUAGUCACAAGAUAUGUCGUAUUACAAGCUAAACAAGGAUCUAAGUUGGGUUCGUCAUCUACUUUAAGAUCAGGAUUGGCUAAGAAGAAGAGAAAAGAUGUGGAAGAAAAAGGUACUGGAGGAACAUCUCUUUUACCGUUCUUGAAACAAUGUAGAGAUGAAACUGGGGAUCCAGCAGCUGGGAAUUGGGGUAAAAGAAUACUUAGUGAUGGAGUUAUGAGGUUAAAUUUCAGUAAACCUAAUGGGAUUAACGAAGAUUAA